AAGAAGCACUUCCUGAUAAAUUCAUCACACGUGAGCUAUCAUUUUUCAUCCAUUAUAGCAUCUUAAUGUUUCUCCCAUCUGCCGAGUUUGUGUGAACACAACAAUUACGGUGGUGUAUGUGUUUUAUAAUGUAGGUGUGAUUUCUAACAAUAAUGCGAUUUAGUGAAACGAAUGUGGUUAUAAUUUUGUUUUAAUCAUUAAUGAUUAAAAGGGAUUUGCUUGACUUCGUGAGUGUAUCGUUGAUGCGCUAUUAAUUGGAACUAUCUUUAUCAACUGUUGAGUAAAGCUACAUAGAAAAAAGGAUGAUUAAAUAACUGUUAUGUCACUGAAUUGGAUUUAGUGGAAUGAAAAUUAGAACUUGACAUUAACCAAAAUGAGUGGUAAAAAAUUUGGACAUCGGAAUGGUCAAAUUCCGGACUACAACAUUGUUCUUUUGGGGCAAAUAGGAGUUGGGAAAUCUGCUCUUACCGUCAAAUACAUCACAAGAAGAUUUAUCAUGGAAUAUGACCCCAAUAUAGAGGAUACAUACACAAAGCAUGAAGAUUUAGACGGGACUGAAAUUUCAGUUCAUAUAAUGGACACUUGUGAUAAGGAAACCAGUGACCAAAACCGUUAUCUGAGGUGGGCAGACGCCUUUAUCAUUGUUUACAGUAUAACAAACAGUGGUAGCUUUGAGAAUGCACGUGGAUAUUUACAAGAUGUAAAAACACAUGCUAAAGAUGUUCCAGUAGCACUAGUGGGCAAUAAAAUUGAUUUGGAAAGAUACAGGCAAACUAGCAAGGAAGAAGGUAGUGCUUUAGCGACAGAAUUUGACUGUUUAUUUUACGAAACUACGGCUGCGGAAGAGUUUGAGUACGUCGAGGACGUUUUUCAUGGUGUACUUCAUGAAAUUCAAAAAGAAAGAUCUCAGUUAAAUUUCCAGCCUUUAUUCAUAUCAGAAGAAAAAUUCCAUGUUGGACACAAAGGUGCAAGACCGAAAUCCCCAAAAGUCGUUGUAGAUAAAAAGGACGACAAACCAGUAAAGAAAAACAGUACCAGUUUCAAACUGUUUAAUAAGAGUUUUAAGAUUUUUAAUUGAUUAACAAAUUGCUUGUUCUCAAUUUCUUUAUUCUCAUCUGUGAUUGUAUAUUUAUUGAUU